AUAUACCGCUUGCCGUUACUACUCGGCGCUACUUCCGUCGAGGCCUCAUCUACACAUGAACAGAGAGACAUUUGAUUUUUCAUUAUUUUUGUGAGUAAACAAACUAAAAUUUGCGAGACUUAAAACAGAGGGAAGCAUCCGAAGAGUUUGUCUGUAGGAGUUUACCGGAGACACACGGCGUUGAAAAUUAACAUUCUACUUUUCAUCAGUUUCAUUUUGUGGGAUGAAAAUACCAGUUGCCGUUGAAUUCAGUGGUGGGGCCGAGUUGUUGUUCGACAAAGUGAAAAAGCAUGAUGUAGAACUGCCAAACUCUGAGAAAAAAUGGAAAAUACGUCAUCUUUUGACAUAUAUCAGAGAUAACCUACUGAAAGAACGUCCAGAACUAUUUAUGCAAGGAGACACAGUAAGACCUGGAAUCUUGGUGUUGGUCAAUGAUGCAGACUGGGAACUACUAGGUGAACUUGAUUAUGAACUUCAACCAAAUGACAGAAUUGUAUUCAUAUCUACAUUGCAUGGAGGAUGACAUUCCAAGAAAUAAGAUUCAUUAGACUUGUUUGCAAGCCAUUCCCAGAACAAUGGGGGUUAAUGGAGAGUGACAUGCUAAACACCGCCUUACUCUGUUACAGAGUUGAAUUAAAAACAAUUUAGGGCACACUAAAUUUGUCUAAACUUUACACCCAGUGAACACUUUUCCAUCAAGUGCAAAAGUGUACUCACUUUUACUUUGUUUAAUAUAUACAUAUAAUAACUCUGCAAAUUCCAUCUAGAUUCCUACAUGAUGAAUAUGCUCUUUAAAAAAA